CAAUAACUUCUCUCUCUGACUUUUUUCACCCUGCAUGUCGCUUAGUUACCCAGAGUAAUAAAAAUGGUUUAGGAAGAGAUGACUUCUUCUGUUAGUUUUCAUGUACUUACUUUGCGUAUUUAAUAAUAGCGAGGGUGUAAGUUUCCCUCACACGCCAGACUGGACAGUUGGUCGGUCUUGUUUGUUGUGAAUCUUCAGUGUAGCAGCUGGGGAAGAGAAAGGCUAAGACAGGAAAAUGUGAGUGAAGAGAAAUACUGCUAGAAAUAAUACUUGAAGCUCACCUUAAUGCUCUUGUGAAGAACUGGAUUUCAAGUGAAGGUCCCUUUAAUUUAAGGCUGCAAAUAACACCAGGAGCUGGUAUUUGCCACUGUGCUGAAUGUGAUUUAGCCGUACUCUUGCUGGUUACGACAGGGGGAAGCGUCUGUGAGUAUUAACUAUAACUCAAGGAACGGGAGACACAUCUCUAAUCUGUGGCAGGAAGGAGGAGGAGAGUAGUUGAUGCACUGGAACGUUCCAAACAGAACAGAAAGAUGUCUCCAUCAGUGCAGCUCUUCAGAGACCAGAAGUACCACGAGCUGAAAGCGCAGUGUGUGCAGCAGAGGCGGCUCUUCGAAGACCCCGAGUUUCCAGCCUCGGACGAGUCCCUUUUCUAUCAGUCAGCGCCACCAAGGAAAGUUGAAUGGAAGCGUCCAAAGGACCUCUGUGAAGACCCCCACCUGUUUGUGAACGGAAUCAGCUCCCAUGACUUACACCAAGGCACUCUGGGGAACUGCUGGUUUGUGGCUGCGUGUUCCUGCUUGGCUCUGAGGAAGACCCUCUGGCAGCAGGUGAUUCCAGACUUUAAUGAACAAGAAUGGGACCCUAAAAACCCAGAGAAAUAUGCAGGGAUUUUCCGUUUCCGUUUCUGGUGCCUUGGAGAAUGGACAGAGGUGGUUGUUGAUGACCUGCUGCCAACAAUGGACGGGAUGUUGAUCUACUGCCAUUCCAAUGUGAAAAAUGAAUUCUGGAGCGCAUUAUUGGAGAAGGCUUAUGCAAAGCUGGCUGGAUCUUACGAAGCCCUGGAUGGAGGCAGCGCUGCGGAUGCAAUCGUGGAUUUCACAGGAGCAGUGGCGGAAUCUAUUGAUUUGGUACAGGGCAAAUAUGGUGAGACCAUUUCUGAGCAGAUGAAGCUGUUUGAAGACUUGCUGAAAGUGCAUAAAAGAGGCGGGUUGAUCAGCUGUUUCAUUACGACAUCCUCUGGCAGUACCAGCGAAGCGGAGACAAAGAUGGGUCUUGUCAUCGGUCAUGCCUACUCAGUGACUGCGAUUCGGAAGCUGCGCCUUGGAGAAAGCCUCAUAUUCUCUUUCAAUGCAGAAAAGCUGUUCAUGAUCAGACUGAGGAAUCCCUGGGGGAAAAAAGAGUGGAACGGCGCCUGGAGUGACAAUUCCGAGGAGUGGAAGAAAGUCAGCGAUUCAGAACGGAAGAGUCUGGGACUCACUCUUGAGAAUGACGGAGAGUUCUGGAUGACGUUUGAGGACUGGUGUAAGAAUUUCACUGAUGUGGACAUCUGCCGGAUUGUGAAUACCUCCUACUUCAGUAUCCACAAGACCUGGGAGAAGAAAAUGAUGCAUGGGGCUUGGGCAAAGAAUUCAGAGCCUCUGCUAAAUCGCUCUGGUGGAUGCUUUGAUAACAAAGAGACCUUCCUUCAGAAUCCCCAGUUUGUCUUUGACGUUAAGAAGACUGAGGACAAAGUGUUGGUCUCAUUACAACAGGAGGAUCGCCGCAAAUACAAGAAAGAGGGGAAAGGGGACAGCAUCCCAAUUGGCUUUGAAAUAUUCAAGGUGGAGGAUAACAGAAACUAUCGACUACACAAGCUGACUGUGCAGGAGAGAGCGGCCACGUCUCCGUACAUCAACACGCGCACCGUGUUCUUGAAGAGGAUCCUUAAGCAAGGCCGCUACAUCCUCAUCCCAACUACAUAUCAUCCUGGCAUCACUACAAAGUUCAUCCUGAGACUCUUCACAGAUGUGCCAUCAAAACUCAGGGAGCUGAAGGCAGAUAAGCCUAAAAUGACCUGUUGGAGUCUUCUUUGCGGCUAUCCACGCAGAGUCACCCAAAUCAAAAUUCAUUCUGCAGAGGGUUUGCAGAAGCAAGACAGAUCGGGUGGAGCAGAUCCCUACGUGCUGAUCAAGUGUGAGAACCAAAGCGUGUGCUCCUCUGUGCAACACAAUACGACCAGCGCCGUCUUCAACACACAAGUGAUUUUCUACAAAAAGAACAUCGACAGUCCUAUCAUUGUCCAGGUCUGGAACAGCAACAUCUUGUGUGACCAGUUCCUCGGACAGGCGGUGCUGGCAGCUUCACCCAGUGACCCCGGAGAACAGCGGACUCUGCAGCUCCGAGGGAGAGGCGGCCAGGAAGCCAUCGAGGUGCCAGGUCACAUCACCGUCAAGGUUUUUUCCAGCGAUGACCUCGUGGAGCUAUGAAUACCAAAGCCCCGCAGAGCCAGACAGAGCUGUCACCUCGCAGCAGGGGGGCUUGUCUGUGCUUUCUGUGUGAAUGGCUCGGGAGCAGAGGGUGCACAUAAUCAUAAUCGCUUUAAAAAGAAAAAGCCCUCUAACUCUCCACAUUAUCAGGGAUAACGGGGGAAGAGGCUUUUAAAGGGGGGAAAAAUACAUAUUUAUACAUCUAUAUGUUUAUGAUACCACAAAUACAGUAGAAGAGGGGCCAAACUAAACGUUAGCAGAUAAGCUCGUUAAGAUGUGACCAUUUUACCCAGCAGCAUCUUUCAGGAGCUCUCGGCACAUAAGCUGGAAGCACACGUGACUGUUCUCACAGGUUCUCAGCACAGAGGGGCCGGACGGAUGCGGGCAGGAAUGGCGCAUCGCCAUGGUCACGUACCCGCAGGUUGGUGGGGUGGCAAGCGCAGGGUGGAUUUGCACAGCUUGGUCCUUGUUCGCUGCCAGAGCAUUUUUAAGCAUUGAUUGGAUUUUUUUUUCCUAUAUAGGCAUUUAAAAUUUUUGAUGAAUUUCAUUGUUAUUGCUAUAGGUCAGAUGUUUCUGUUGCUUGGUGAAAAUGUCACUGCUUAAGGAGUUCAGCCAUAGGUUAGCAUUAAGACCAGGCGUGCCUGGGCAACAUGAAAAUAGGACAGGUCUUGCAGUGCCUGUCUGAAACCAGAGCAGAUAGGAGCUUUGCCCGCAUGAAGGCUCUCAGAUUGACUUUCUUAUUCUCCACCUCAGGCUGAUGACUCACAAAUUGAAAUCUCUGGCCACUGGGAUGCCACCUCACAAUUGAGCUGUGGCUUUGCCCAGAGGGCAAAUUCAGUAAUGGGAGCCUGCUAAGGAGGUUUUGUUUAAUCCACAUGAUGCUAUAAAUGGAAUAACACUCCCUUUGCUUUACUAGAUGUGAUGGGUAGCACCAAACUGAAAGAGGACAAAACUAGCUUAUGAUAAAGAUGGGCAUGUAAAACAAAGAUGCUGUGCCCUGGCAGGUAUCACGUUUCACUCUCAGGAUUCUGCACUGGUUUUUUGCUGUGCCAGAGCUAAUGUCUUUAAUGAAAUUUAACUUGGGUAUAAUGGAGGACAGGUAUGGUUUCACAUUUCCUUCCGAGCAGGGUUCAGGAACAAACUUUCCUUUCACUUUUGCUGCAGCCCGACAGCAGGUUUCCACAUGGCAGCCGUUUCUGUGUUGUCCAGCUGUGCAGUGAUUCCGGCAGUGUAAGAGGCUCACUGUGUUAGGCCUCCCAGAAAUUGAUUUUAUACGGUUGCAAAUUCUGGUCUUGAAAGUGAAGCUCGGGAAAGCCUUUUCUGCAGCCAGGAAAUUUGGAUUUCUGUGUACCCGGUAACCACUUCACCCAUUUGGUGCCAUUUUGAUGAUUUAUAAAAUGGCUCUCAGUAGAACUAAUGUUUCACGAAAGGUUUUGAAGUCUCCUCAGGCCUCCAAAAGGAUCAUUGCUGUGGUAGGAAAAUGCUUUUUCUGUCAUGUUGGAGGUGGAAUGUAAAGCUACGAAUGACAGUAUACUGCAUCAGCUUAGUUGCGUGUAGCGAGUACCUAAAUCCAGCUCUCUUUUUAAAUAGCUUGAGCUUAAGCCAUUUUACAUGCAGAGCAUUUGUCAGAUGUGAACAACAUGUGGUUGACAGCCCUGCAGGCAAGUCUAAUUCUUCUCUGUAAGCUCACAGCUUCAGAGUUGCUUUCUCUCAAAUAUGUUUGUAAACUGCAACUUUUUCUUUUAAAAAGCAUGAACUUUGUAAUACGGAGCAGAGCUUGAAGAAGCCACCCAGGGAACUGCGCCUGCACUCAGACACAGGGACUUAAGGUCAAGUGUUGCCAGAGCUGGGCAGUACUUUUUAACAAUUAAUGAUAAAUUGAGGGAAAAUGAAGGGUUUUUGGUGUGUGAGAUGCAUUAUGUACGCACUCGGGCAACCUUCGGCAGAGAAUUCUGGCCCACAAAAAUUAAAACAGAGGGAAAGAGUUGGAAAAAUGUUUCAUUUCAGCCUUCCUUUACUUUUCAAUAUGAAUUCACCUAAAUAAAAGAUUAACAAAAAAUGAACGCGUUCAGUAAUUUCUGAAAUGAAACAGUUGGUUUCAGAUAAUAGAAUCACAGAAUCAUUUAGGCCGGAAAAGACCUUUGAGAUCAUCAAGUCCAACUGUGCAGGUAUGGCGACUCAACCGCUUCCCUUGUGCUUGAUAACUCUUUUGGUCCAGAUUUUGUUCAUAAUACCCAAUCUAAACCUCCUGAUACACAACUUGAGGCCAUUUCCUCUAAUCCUAUCACUCUGGGAUGAUCCCAAAUGUCAUUUUUCCUCUUGCUCUCAAAGAAAAAUGCAUCUCAGUUGUUCACUGAACAGUUCUCCUGCCUGCAUGCCUUUUAUUUCACAACUUCUCUCUACUUUCCCCCCGGUGAGUUCCCAGUUCAUCGUGCUAUUUAUAUUAUUUACUUACAGUGCUAUUUAUUUCAGUUUUUGUCCUCUGCUGUGUUCCUGUCCCUGUCCUUCCUCCACCAGGAUGAGCUCUGUGUAGCCCUGACUCUCCUCCCUGUUGGGCUGAGGCUUAUUUGUCUCCUCUGGCACACCAGACCAGUCCCGUCUGUGGGGAAUGCAAUACUAGAUUGGCUGUGCUGGGGUUAGAAGAGCUCCACUCCACCCAUGGUUUUUGCCGUUUGUCUCAACUAAAUCCUCACUGUUUCAAAUUCUCACUCUAGGAUGGCUGCAGCAUCUACGGGUUGAGGUGCAGAGGAUGAUCCCGGGUGUUAGCGGUGAGCAGCCAGAGCUGUAGCUUCCAGCCAGCGUUUGUGGGUGUUGUGUAACCCGCUCCUGCCACUGCCGGGGAAAACAACCGCUGUUGGUGCUGCCAGAACAGUACAGAGUAGCUGUAAACUACAAGCAUCUAAAGUGAAGCUUCUAGACUGAUGCACCGAUACUUUCCUGGAUCCUCCUUUAAGCCCUUCUUGUAGAUGGGGGUGACGUGACCCUCCUGCCGGCCUUGUGGGACAUCCCUCGAUCUCCCCUUCUCAAGGAUUAUGGAGGGUGGCUUUGCAACAACGCCAGCAGCCUCACAGCCUCAGGUAGCUGCUUCUGGACAAAAGCACCAUCCGUGUAACUCCCCGGAUUCAGCAGGAGGGGGUGUUGGUUCUUUGUAAAUACGGCGCAAUGGAGGCGACGCACUGAGGACGCACACAAGGAGCUGCGGCAGCAGAACCUCAGUGGGCUCACGGCAGCUAAGUUCUGUUUCACGACCCCAUGCGCUAGUGCCAGGGGACAAAGACGAGCGCACACAGCCACACACGUGGGGUGUUGGAUACUGCAGCCCAUCGAGGCGGGUGUAUCUUCAGCCAGCCCUGACGCUGUUUUGUCAAACAGCAUCAGCAAAUCCUGUAGGAAAAGCUGCAGUCACACGAUCCGUUGGUAUUUAUAACUUUUAUUUGCAAUACUUUAGGUCCAAGUUUCAAACUGCAAUAUUUUUACACUCAAGACACAGUCAUGCACAAUCCAUAUUUCAGUUUUCUAUUGCUUCAACCACAAUUUAAAAUAACUUAAUAUUGGAAACAAAACCCAGAAUCUUAAAAAAAAAGGAUGCUGAGGUCAGUAAGAUGGAUCCAUGCCAUCAGCACAUUUACAAAGUAAAUAACUUAGUUCUUUUUUUAAAAAGAUCAGUUACCUCUUAAUCCAAAGUUACAGAAGAUUUUUCACUACACAUUUGUUUUUCGGUUUUAUAUUUUUCUUUUUUUUCCGUUUUUUCUUUUUCUUUUUUUUUUUUUUAAACAGAUAACACGUCCUAAAAAAGGAAUGUACAGCAAAAUGAGAUACAUUUCUGAUAAACGGUGAAAACGAGGCUCCUCCUCUUUACUUUUGUCUGGAUACCCUGAAGACAAAAAAAAUAAAAACCCCUAUCGGACACCAGUGUAGGUGUAAGGUGGCUGCUUCAGACUAAACUGGCAUUUAGCAUUGGCUACAUCCUGAUCCAGUCAAGAGUUGCAGGAUUCUUUUGCGAAUCGUUGUGAAAUGUUUGUCUGUACACACAGCACCGAGUGGCCCCGGUGCGGCCGCAGGCUCUGCCCCGCAGGACGGGUUCUAUCGGGGGCUCUGCUGCUCCGUCCCCCCCGAGCAGCAACCCCAGCACCUGCAGCCACUGGCAGCUUCGGAGAAUCACCCCUGAAGAGCUGAGGGGCUUUCUUUUUGCCUGUUGCUGUGCUACAGCCUGGUUUAGCAGCAUUGCUUAACACUAAUAAUAUAAACAGAGUGACAAAAAGCACUUGCCUUUGUGCACCUUAAGCGCUAAUGUCAGGAAUCUCAGCAGACGUGGAUGUAGGACAAGGGGUAAUGGGUUCAAACUGGAACAACAAGAGGUUCCACUUAAAUAUGAGAAGAAAAGUCUUCCCGGAGGUUGUGGAGUCUCCUUCUCUGCAGACAUUCCAACCCGCCUGGACACCUUCCUGUGUAACCUCAUCUGGGUGUUCCUGCUCCAUGGGGGGAUUGCACUGGAUGAGCUUUCCAGGGCCCUUCCAACCCCUGACAUUCUGUGGUUCUGUUGCAGGGUUGCCCCGCUUUGGCCCUGGAGAGCUUUGCAUGAUGAAGACCAAGAGGCAGCUCCUUCCACCCACUCAACCAAGGGACCCCUCGACUUCUGAAGUGAGUGGCUCUGCUGUCCCUGCAGCCACCACGGGCUCAGUGGCUUCAGUGGGAGCAGUUGUGCUGCCUGGACCACGACCCCACAGCCAUGGCUGGGCUGGACGAACACCACACCCCCAUCAGCAGCCAAGGGACCCAACUUUAAAAUCAACACUGGCCAUGUUCUGUGGUGUUUGCAACAGUUGAGCACCAGCCUGAGGCAUCUCGGAGCCUGCGGCGGGUGAGCUACCUCCUGCCCCCUUCUAGUCUGGCGGCUGUGUGUGUCAGCCCUUGGCUGACAGGGCCCUGGCCAAGGAAACACCUCCAGCAAGACAAGUUUCUAGACCACUAAGCAUGUAUGACCACAGCUCAGAUUCCACUUGAGUAUAAAUGGAGCCCAGCCAGAGGCCCAUUGGGAGUGCAGGCAGGGACACUGCCCUUAGGGUGGGACGUCACCAAGGAAAACUCUUCUAGGGUGCUUCGGAGAAUUGCUCAGAAGCCAGAACAAAGUUUGCAGGUUCAUACCCACACAGCAGCCAUGAAUAGCAUGUAAACGUCCCUCCUCCUCUUCCAAGAACACCAUUUCUCCUUUUGAGAUGGCUCUUGUCACCAAAGGUGCACACAACCACUGGUAGGUCCAGGCCAGAGAGAGUCUGUGUGCCUGAUGCGUGCCAAGAUUUUGGCAAUUUGCUCUAGACCACAUCAAAAGAGAGGAUUUAGAAGGAAGAUCCUGCCAACUUCAGCCAGAAAAAGAAAUUACCCUGUCAGCUCAAGAACAGACACAAAGAGAAGUUUUAAAGAUCCCUGAAUUGCAAAUCACACUCCAAGAAACUCUGAAUGGUUUCUGUUGGAACACGACGUCGCCCUUUGCCUGCUUCCUGAAAAUGGGGGAGGUAAAGUAAAAUUAGUUACCUGGUCUGGGGAGACAGGAAAAAGAAGAAUUUAAUUGCACCCUUUGCAUCUCUGCGUCUUUGUCAGGUUGCCCAUCAUUAAGUUGCUGCACAUCUGUAGCAGUUAUGGGUCUUUGUCAGGCUGCCCAUCAUUAAGUUGCUGCACAUCUGUAGCAGUUAUGGGUCUUUGUCAGGCUGCCCAUCAUUAAGUCCUGCACGUCUGUACAGGAAUGACCAACACUCUGGUUGGCGGGUGUGUGGAGCGCUGACUUGAUAAGCUUUAGCAAGGCAAAGCCGGGAUUAGAGCGCAGGGCCUGGCUGUCAGCAAAGCCCGGCUCUCGGCUGGACUAAGAAAUACACGUACUUACAUGCUCAGUGUGAGGAAUAUUCAGUAGCCACACCAAUAACUAUACACUGGAAACAGAGGCCGCACAGACACUAGGGUAUGGGGACAUCUCCUGCUCCUCGAGGACAGCAGACAGGUACUUGCUUCCCUUCUCGCGCUGACUGGAAUGUGCUUCAUUUUCAGUGGCAGGACACGGGGAGAUGGACCGAAAGCCCUGCGGAGGUGCAGCCAUUGGCCUCAAGGAAACUCAGCACAAACAGCUAAUUAAAAAAAGUGACUUCAUUGGUGUGUCCUGCAAGCCGGCCAAGCCGUAGCCAGAGGUGGAGAACAAACACACGUAUUUACAAAGGUGCUGGACCCCAGCAGUGAGCAUGCAGCCCUGCAGCCGCGGCGCAAGUGUCUGCUCAGCCCCCGAGAGCGCCGUGCAAUGCGCCCCUCGCAGGCUCCCAGCAGCACGUGCUGGUACGUCAGAGCUAUGGGCAUUUUUUCUUUUUCUCUUUUAUUUUCUUAAAUAAAUAAACUUUUCUGUGCUUCUCAAAGUUCCCUGACACUGCUGCUGCAGCCCAAAGCACAGCGAAACUCCAGCGACCUGCCAGGUCACUUACACACAGGUCACUGCAGGGGUGGCGAUCCUAGUCAAGCUCUGGAUCGGGGUUUUUUGACUGUUAAAUGAAUUUUAAAAUGAAGACAAUUCAUCUUUUAAAACCUUGGAACGAGUGCGUUUGAAAUCUGUUUACCUAUGCAUUUCACAACAGAAACAGCCUAUUUCUAAUACUUCCAAAAAUAUAUUAAACUAAUUACUUAAUCCGAGGACUGCAGUCAGAAAACCCGAGUUGGUUCCAGAGGUUUUACAGUCAUCAUCUUUCCCUUCUGCGAGGUCAAUGCUAUUGCCAAUCCUGACACACUAUGAGCCUGUAAAUCAUAUGCAACACUUGCCCCUCUCAGAUUAUUUGCUGGAUCCUGUCUGCCUCACGGGACCUCUAGAUUUGCUGAUGCAAAGAAAAAUAAAUACAGUAUUUAAUAACAUAAAAAGUAAGGCCUCUUAUCACAGCAGUUGUCUUACAAAGCCAGUGCUGACAACACUGUGUAUGCUGGGGCAUACACUGAGGAAAAAAAGAUGCUACCAUUUGCUUUUCCUAUUUUUCAUAUCUGUUCUCUUCCAGGAAGCUGUGGUGGUGUCUUUUUGCAAAGCAGAGACGCUGAAAUACUUACAGGUAAAGAAAAUAAAUAGGAAAAAAAAAUCAUCUAAUCGUGUAGUCUGUCAACAUAAGUAUUCAUAUUGUAUGUCCAGCAAACACGUGCCAUGAAAAAGUGCUUUCCUUUUAAAGGACGGCUGUCUGUUCUUUUGUGGGUAGGAGAAAAAUAAAAGCUAUACUAGAAACAGAAA